UGAUGCACGUAAAUAAAAAAUAAUGGAAUAUGUAUGAUUUCGAACUUUUCCAUUUACUAUUUUAAUAAAACAAAAGACAUUAAAUCCUUAUGGCUUAUUUUAUGAUUUCAAUAGAAAUACAUUCAGCCUUAGAUGUAAGCGAUAAUUGAAAUGGCAUAAACCGAAAUGAUUGAAAUAGAAGUGCUGGUCUUAUGCUCUUAAUUGUUCUUGAAAGUUAAAAUUAGGAAGGAAAAACAGAAAAAAAAGUUUGUUUGUUCAUUUGCUAUUAAAAUGCAUUGAAAAACACCCAUCAAAACACGAACACGCCUCGAAAUCAUAUAAUUGAAUUAUUGUCGCGAAAACAAAUAACAAUUGGUUUCAAAAGCCAAAGAUUUCAACAGACAUGAUGGAUGGACAGAAUUUUCCAUACAGCACUGGGAUGACUCCACAGCAGAGCCCGAUGGUGUCUCCUGGAACCCUACAACACUUUGGACUGGGACCCACGCCCACCCCUGUGAUGCCUCCAUCCAAUGCAACCCUUUCCAGCCCCUACCCCACACCGAUGACCCCCUUCUCACCAGCGCCUGCCUCUGCCUCUGAAGGAUCGGGCAUCAUACCUACACUACAAAACAUAGUCUGCACAGUAAAUCUCGGGUGCAAGUUAGAUCUCAAGAGAAUUGCUCUACAUGCCCGUAAUGCCGAGUACAACCCGAAGCGUUUUGCUGCAGUGAUCAUGAGAAUACGAGACCCCCGAACUACGGCUCUUAUCUUCAGCUCCGGGAAAAUGGUGUGCACUGGUGCAAAAAGCGAAGAAUAUGCAAAACUUGCAGCUCGGAAGUAUGCGAGAAUUGUGCAAAAAUUGGGCUUUCCAGCCAAGUUCAAGGACUUCAAGAUUCAGAACAUGGUGGGCAGCUGUGAUGUGAAAUUCCCCAUACGUCUGGAGGGGCUGGUAUUGACACAUGGCAAGUUCUCCAGCUAUGAGCCUGAACUGUUUCCGGGUCUAAUUUACCGCAUGCUGAAGCCAAGAAUUGUGCUGUUGAUAUUCGUCUCAGGAAAGGUGGUUCUAACAGGUGCCAAAGUACGAAAUGAAAUUUAUGAAGCCUUUGAAAACAUUUACCCAAUAUUAAAAGGUUUCAAGAAACAAUAGUUUUAGUUUAUAUCUAGUAUAGUGUAAAUAUGUAAUAUACAAGUAACUAACAAUAUUAUGUGUCAAUACCAGAGUGUUCUUAACCAAAAUUCUAAAUAAAGGCAACCGUUUAGCAGAAUCAUGAUAACAUCUGUCGGAAAUAGAAUGAAAAAAUUAAUGCACACUUUGUAAUACACAUUAGGACAACAUUGCCUAAUAACGAGGAAAAAUCUACAAUUUCAACAAAAAAUAUGUGAAAAUAUGUUUAAACAAAAAAUUGUGCAAAAUUUCAAUGACGUAUGAGUAUACAGUGUUUUAAAACCUCAAUUACAAAUGUUAGAGAGAUUUUGCUUUCCAUACUGCCCCAGGAGCAACCUGUACCUUUGGCAAUCUUAAAUCUUAUCCUAUUACUUAAGUAAUAAAUGUAAUUUUGUUGGAUUCAAUAGUGGCGACAUUGCUCUGUUUAUGCAAUUCAUGUAGGCUGGUUAAGAGAAGAGGAAUUACUCUGUGAACUGAAGCCAAGCCAUGCGUGAUAUUGUGGAAAUGAAUGUUAAUUUAUGUGUGGAAUAAUGUCUCAGUUGUGGGAGAAAGGAAGUGUGUUGAAAUUUAGUUGUUUUUGUAUUACACAUUAUGUUUACAUGUAUUCAUUUUCAAAACAUGUUUGUCAAAUUUUCCAAUCAUGAUGAGCAUUUGUGUAGAUAUUUACAUGUACUGAAUUUUUCGGUUGUCUAUAAUGUAUGAUUUGUGCUCUGUUUUUUGUAUGGUGUUUUGAUCAACUUGAUCAUGAACCAGAGCUGUGCUCUGAGAAAACAGGGCUUAAUGCACGUGCCUAAACUGUCGCCCCAGAUUAGCUUGUACAGUCCGCACAUGCUAAUCAGUGACAACACUUCCUGUUUUUAUGUAAUUUUUGGUUAGGGGAAGUCUCUUUUAAAUGAUAAUCCAGUCUAGACAGAAAGUGGUGUCGCUGCUUACCUGUUGCAUAUUUAACAACACUACGCACAUGCAUGAAGCCACAUUUUCCCUGAGCGGGGCUUACUUAUUUAUUGCAAGUAUCAUCGAUAGUGCUGCUGUUCUGUUAACAUUGUAAGCUUGGACACAUUUACCUAAGACUGUCGACUUGAAGGAGGUAUUGCUAAUGAAAGUUUCAAAACACAAAUAAAACCUAAUAUAGAAUAAAUGCUGGGAACAUGUCAAAUUGUAAGUUUUAUUUAUGUUUACAACGUUAACAAAUGUCAAGUCAAUGUGUCUGGGCUGUUUGUGUCAGAAAUCAAAUUUCACAUACAUGUUAUUAUUUUAAAUAAAAUCUAUGAUAUAUAAAAUUAUCACAUGUCAUACUUAAGUAUAUGAUAAUUAGUUACUAAUUUAAUCAUAUUUAAUAAUAUUUUGCAAAAGAUAGUUAACUCAUUGAGGUCAUUUUUAUCACAUCAUAUAUAUGAUGAAUAUAUUCAGAAUGUACAGUGUUAAAUAUUUUUUGUAGGAUUGAUAAGUAUACAGUGUUAAAUAUUUUUUGUAGGAUUGAUAAGUAUACAGUGUUAAAUAUUUUUGUAGGAUUGAUAAGUGUCAAAUACCAUAAAACUGGCAGCAAAAAAAAAGGAUAAAAACUGUAAAAACAUUUUUUGGCAGUAUUUUGUCAUAGCUGUAUGUAACGGUUAGCCCAAGAUAUGGGUACAAUGAAUGCUAUUUUUACAUUUUGGCAAAAAGCUCAAUUACGUAAUGUUGAUUAUGAUAUCAGAAGUUUUUCUUUGCAUUUGAAACCAGUUUGGUUUUGAAAGUGAUGUUGGCAAUUCAGUUACUUUGACAUUAUUCUUUCAUGUUCAUAUAAAAUAUUUUAAUUGUAAAUGUUGAUGCUGUCGCUUAACUUCAGACUGUGCUGCAGUACAAUUAACAUCAGCCACAAUGGACACAUCCUGGAACAGUCCAAUUUUUGCUCCAAGUUUGGCCUUAAUGUAUCAAAAGCACUUAAGUUUACGGAUGCAGGUUUCAAACUUACAGAAGUACAUUAUUUAUUAAUUGCAGAUGCAUUUAAGUGUGCUGUAUUUUACACAAUUCAUUGUUACUUGGUCUGUAACUGAUUUGCACAAUAUUGUGAGUUUAAUUAUUGUAUUAUUGUUUAAUGGAAACCGUAUCAGUUGAUUUCGUUAUCAACAACAAUCACUUCCAUUAGACUAUGGACUUGUAUGUAGUGUACAUGUACAUAGAUCUAGUUGGAGUUACAUGAUAUUUAAUUCAAAUUCAACAUUGAUACCGUUUAUUUUUGUAAUUGUAUGAUAUUAAUCGUUCUAUGAUGUUUUCAAAUAAAUUCAAUAAAUAUGAAAACAC